AUGUCUGCACUCUCCCAUCCUUACGGUUAUACGGCCGCUCAGGCUAUCGAAUUGUUUGGUGCCAAUAUCCUCGACGAGUACAUGCGCAAGCUGGGAAUCAAUGGUGCGAUCGGCUCCCCCGAGGAAUGGAUGGACGUUGGCCACUUUGUGGCAUGGGCGUCAGGCUAUAUUACCGAAGAAGUGAAGAAAAGCGACUCAAGUUCCACAUCUGGUGCAAUGUCGAAGCAUAAACGUUCCCUCGAUCUUCUAGUUGACUCUCAGGUGGACGAUGGAAUAGAAGACGGCCCUUCGAAGAGACCGCGACCUACCGAGGACGAAGACGACGCGAGCGACACGACCAUUGUAAGCCUGCGUUCUGACGCUUCCAAGCACGACAACAACAUUUCGACACUCUGCCAUGACGUCCUUGGUCAUAUCCUCGGCUACCUCGUCGACGAGGUGGCGCACUGCUCUGAGCCACCUAACCAACAUGCCGCCCUCAUGCAACUGCUCACCUUUGCUUCAGUCUGCACCUCAUGGAGGAAGAUCGCACUCAACUCUGCCGUCGAGUGGGCCAAGUUUGCCGGAUGCUACACCGUUUCCCCCAAGCUCAUGGAGUUAAUUCUGGAGCGAAGUGGAAAGGCGCCUUUAGUCGUCGAUGCGGACGUUCAAAGAGGGAUUCGCUUUCAUGAAGUCCUUUCCGAGGACUUUGAGGCCAAAGGAUCGGAUUCAAACAUCAUCGCGAAUAUGCGAUCAGUAAUUGCCCAUUCCGAGCGUUUCCGCGAGUUGAAGCUUUACUUCCAUGACAGACUGUCCAUACAGGAGGCUGAUGGCCUCAAUAAGCUCUUCUCUCGGCGCAUGGACUCUUUGGAAUUCUUGGAUAUUGAGGGCGUUGCAGAUGGUCCACGCGACGUCAUUUUAAGCACGACUAACCUCUUUGGCGGCUCGACCACGACCUCUCUGAAGCGGCUUGAGCUCUACGGGGUCACUUUUUCUCCAUGCUCCUGGGGAAUGACAUUCUUCAAAACCGUGGAUUACCUUGGGCUUGGGCACUGGUUGUUUGACCAUGAUCCCUCCGUCAAGCUCGCUUGGAUGGAACCCCUCAGAGCUCUCACGUCCUUGAACUGGCUCAUCACCGGUUACUUCUGCAUUCCUACCGAUAACAGGAGAGUCGACUAUUACAUAGAUCGUAUCGAUCAAAUCCAGCCUGUGUCCCUGUCCGGACUUAAAACGCUUCAGCUUGAAGGCAAUCUUCCUGGGGUUUCGUUUGCUCUGGCGCUCAUGAACAUUCCUCAGCGAUGCUCCGUCACCAUCACCGCCGGGAUUUGGGACGUUGAUCUCGAGGGCAUUGGCGAACGAACCUUUGCCCAACUCGAUAAGAUGUGGCCCGAAGAUGGCUGUGAUUGGGUGGGAGUUGCGAUCUCGGAAGACACCCUUGAAAUCAUUGUCGAAUUCAAUGAUUAUAGAUACGUCUUGGAAAUUAUGGGAGACCUAGGUCCAGAGGAGGGGGAGAACAUUGAACAAGAAGUGGCUGAGGAAUUCUCGAGAAUUCUUAGCGGUCUCUCCAAAGGCCCUCGGUUCCAAAAGCUCGGUGCCCGUGCCAUUUGGAUUGAUAUCACCUGCAGAGUUGACGGUUUCAUUAAAGGCGCAGACCAUGAAUCGUUGAGAGAGUUCUUCAGGUGCUUCAAGGAAGCUGAAUCUCUGAACCUAUCGCCAGGUGCCCUUGAUUUUUUGACCAGUCGAAGGGCAGGCAUGUGGCCAAUUUUCGUGGACCUGAAGAAUAUUACAGUAUACACCGGCUCUGGAACCAGAGAGUUUGACGAGAUUGAGGAGAUGCUGUUGAUGUUUCAGCAUAUGUGGUACCUGUCUCUCGCUCUCAAGUAUGAAACAGUGCCUUUAUUGGAGUCUGUUUGUAUCCGUGAAGGCGAAUUGUUUGUGACUUUGUAA